UAUGGCUAGUCCAGGGAAAGAUAACUACAGAAUGAAAAGUUAUAAGAACAAAGCCUUAAAUCCUCAAGAGAUGCGAAGGCGGAGAGAAGAAGAAGGAAUACAGCUUCGAAAACAGAAAAGGGAAGACCAGUUGUUCAAGCGCAGAAAUGUCUCUUUGCCCAGAAAUGAUGACUGCAUGCUAGAGAGCCCCAUCCAGGACCCAGAUAUCAGUUCCACUGUGCCCAUUCCAGAGGAAGAAGUGAUCACCGCCGAUAUGCUUCAGAUGGUGUUCUCUAGCAACGCUGAACAGCAACUGACAGCAACACAGAAAUUCAGAAAGCUGCUGUCUAAAGAACCCAAUCCACCAAUAGAUCAAGUUAUACAGAAACCAGGAGUUGUACAGAGAUUUGUGAAAUUUCUUGAAAGAAAUGAAAAUUGUACUUUACAAUUUGAAGCUGCCUGGGCACUGACUAAUAUAGCGUCUGGAACUUUCCUGCACACCAAGGUGGUGAUCGAUACUGGAGCUGUUCCGAUUUUCAUCAAACUCCUCACUUCAGAGCACGAAGAUGUUCAGGAACAGGCUGUUUGGGCGCUUGGUAACAUUGCUGGUGACAGUGCCGAGUGCAGGGAUUUUGUUUUGAAUUGUGAGAUACUUCCACCUCUUUUAGAGUUAUUAACAAAUUCAAACAGACUUACAACCACCAGAAAUGCUGUAUGGGCCCUCUCAAAUUUAUGUAGAGGCAAAAACCCUCCUCCAAAUUUUAGUAAGGUUUCACCUUGUUUAAAUGUCUUAUCACGGUUGUUGUUUAGCAGUGAUCCAGAUGUGUUAGCAGAUGUGUGCUGGGCCCUUUCUUAUCUCUCUGAUGGACCUAAUGAUAAAAUUCAAGUAGUCAUUGAUUCUGGAGUCUGUCGAAGAUUGGUGGAACUUUUGAUGCACAAUGACUAUAAAGUUGUAUCACCUGCAUUAAGAGCAGUUGGUAAUAUUGUGACUGGUGACGAUAUUCAGACACAGGUAAUUUUGAACUGUUCUGCAUUGCCCUGCCUCUUGCACUUGUUGGGUAGUCCAAAGGAGUCAAUUAGAAAGGAAGCCUGCUGGACCAUUUCUAACAUCACUGCAGGAAACAGAGCUCAGAUCCAAGCUGUCAUAGAUGCAAGUAUUUUCCCUAUUUUGAUUGAGGUUCUCCAGAAAGCAGAAUUUCGUACCAGAAAAGAAGCAGCGUGGGCUAUAACUAAUGCCACGUCGGGAGGCGCUCCAGAGCAAAUAAGGUAUUUGGUAACCUUAGGCUGCAUUAAACCACUUUGUGACCUUUUGACUGUCAUGGACUCCAAAAUAGUUCAGGUGGCUUUGAAUGGACUGGAAAAUAUUUUACGUCUUGGAGAACAAGAAUCUAAGCAGAAUGGAGUGGGUGUCAAUCCUUACUGUGCUCUCAUUGAAGAAGCGUAUGGCUUGGAUAAAAUUGAGUUUCUGCAAAGUCAUGAAAAUCAGGAAAUUUAUCAAAAGGCUUUUGAUCUGAUUGAACACUAUUUUGGUGUAGAAGAUGAUGAUCCCAGCAUUGUACCUCAGGUGGAUGAAAACCAGCAACAGUUUGUAUUUCAGGAGCAGGCAGCACCAAUGGAAGGGUUUCAGCUCUAACAGGUGGUGGAGAAAAUGACUGACUAAAAUGGCUAGCUUCUGAUAUCUCUCCCACAUUACCAGCAUUGGUAGAAAUGUCUUUAUAUAAUACAGAAAAGAAAAAAAUCUGAUGCACUUUCAAAAAGGAAAGAUGAAACCAAGGUUUCCAUUCAGAUGCGCCCUUACCUUACUUAUUUCUGUUUGUUGUUUUGGUUGUUCAUCUUGAUGUAGCUAUAUUUGUCCUCUGUUGUUUGGAUUUUUAUAUCUAUUUGUGAAUAUACAUUAUGCAAUUAUUUCACUCAAGCUUGAAAAGGAUGGCUUGGUGUUAUAUAAUGGUUCUGAACUUUUCAAACUGCACAAUAGCAGGGUUGUGAAAGUCGAUAAUUGCAUUUUGGCAGAAAGUCUGGUGACGCCCGGGCUUUAUUAAAUCUACCUCUGUCUUGAAGCAAACGUAAAAACAAAGCUUCAGAAGCAUAAAGUCACAUAAGAGCUGAAUUAGAAUAUGAUAAUCUUUUAUUACUUUAGAUUAUAAAUCACUGUGCUGUAGGUUAUACUUCAAACAAUUGCAACAGAAAACUUACAAAAUGUAUUUAUAAAACAGAAUGGUGUACUGAUGAUUAAAAUGUGGCAGUUAUGAAGAAACAAGCAGUUCAUGUUGAUCACAUGACAUACCUAUAAAACACUCAAAUAUUUGUGUUGUUUUCAUAAAAUACUAUCAUUAUAGUAUAUUUUAUAUUUUAUCUAGAUACACUGUCCUUUUUGGAAUAGUGUUUAUUUUCACUCUUAUUUUAAAGAUCAUGACAGAGAGGUGAUCAUGAAUCUAAAGAAGCUACAUACCUGGAACUAUUUAUUCUGAGUUUUCAGAAGGUCUUGAAAUGUUUUAUUCUCUGUGUAGUUGUGAACAUGAGUACUUAAAAGACAAAAGUAUCCUUAAGAAAUCACCUUGUUCAGUACUAAAUUAUCUUAAGUGCAUUUAAUGUUUUGACUAAAUGAGCGAUACUAAUGUAAACUGCUAAGGCUUAUUUAAUAUGUAGUAGUUCAUAUUAGGAAUAUUCCCUUUCAGUAAUGCAUAGCAGGUCAUAUUGCUACUUACUAUGAACUAUGUGGUAGAUGACCUUUGUAUCAGCCUAAUUUGCAUUUUAUGAGUUAACAGCAAAAAGUCUCUUGAAAUAUUACACUCUGAAAGGUUUUGAUAGGAAAUUUAUAUUGUAUUUAUUUACGUGUGUGUGUGUGUGUGUGUGUUACCCCAUAGAACUGCUUGGUAGAAUUUUCUAAGCAGAUGUAUUGUCGAACUGUCUUUUGAUUUAUAGUUAUAUGCAAGUUUUGGAUAUAUCCAAUUAUAUACUUAAGAAUACUUAUGUAAAACCUAAUUUACAACUCUUUUAAGAUGGGAACUAAAACAGUUUUGAUAUGAUUCAUAGUCUGUUCUUUAUGACGGCAUUUGUAAUGUUUCUGCUGGAAAUCAGGCGUGUGACAUAAGGAAUGUGUUUAAGGAGUACUUUUAAGUGGCAGGACACUUUGUAAACUAUAUGUCAUGAAUCUAAGCUUUUGGCAAGACACUGCAACCCUACAACCAUGAAAUCUCAGUUUAAAUGGUUUCCAGAGGACUUAUUGCACCUGGCAGUCCUUUUAUGCCAUUAGUAGAGGAUUGUGUCUGUGCCCUUUUUAUUAGAAUGGAAGUUACAGAGUUAAGUAUAAAAAGUUUUCCUUUUACAUUUAUGUGUAUUGGAAGAAACAGGGUAGUGAUACAAGGAUUACCAAGUUGAUGAGUGAAGUUAUCAAGUAAACACUGUUUUAUGGUGCCGAUAAGAUGACAGGGUAUUUGAUUCUUUGUAAUCAAUUAGUUGAACUUGUAGAUCAGCGAACUUCAAACCUAGCCAGCUGUGCCUGCUUUGAGGUCCCACUAGUCACUAUAACAAAUCCUAAGCCAGAUCUUCCAAAAAAUAGUUCUUAUAGAAGACGUGUGUGCACGUGCAUGCUUGCAUACACAUACGUGAGAAUGAAUAAACACACACACAUACUGUUUGCAGACACAUGAAUAAAUGACCUAUCAAAGGAGAUUUUAGAAUAUGUCAAUGGAACAGAUGUAUUUCUAAGCAUAGAACUUGAUCAUACUUUGAAUAUUUAAAUACACAUUUUAUCUUGGAUCCGUAUCUUGUGUAAUUAGAUUUGACUGUAAAGGGAAUUUGAUUCCAUUUUAAGGUCUAGUUCUUUUUUAUUGAACCAAGAGUAAGAGAUAGCUUUGUAAGUGUGCCAUUUUAAAAUUCCCCUAAUUUGUUUUCAUCAUCAUAAUAAUUUGUCUUUUAUGAUGCAACUUAGUAAGUUGCUUUUCUAAGAUUUAUGACACUUACAUAUUAUAAGUACUGUGCCAAAUAAAAUAAAAUGUGUUUUAGGGAAUUCAUACAACAUUAAUGCAGAUACCAAGAAAAAUACUUGAAAGAGUCCAUUUAAUUAAACUGAUCCAUUUAAUUAGAUUUACUUGAGCUUGACUUCCUACUGGUUGAACUAUGCAAUCAUGCGUACUUGUUUUAUUAAUACUGAUGCACUGGCCUAGGUUCAUUUGUUUGUUUGCUUAGUUGGUUUUGCUGUAUGCUUUAAAUUGAAAGGUUACUCUAACCUAAUUUUUAGUGUUCUUCAUUUUUAGUGUCUUUGUCUCUUACUGGCAGCACGGAAACAGGGUAUUUUUUGUUUUACUUUUUGCUUUAAAGUAAGUCUGCUGGCACAGAAAUAGCUUCUCCUUUGGUCCCUGAAGCCUGUUUGCAGUUAAAGCUGGGCCCACUGGGUGAAGAACUGAGGAAUGUAUGACCUCUGCUUUCGUAAUUUUGCUUCUUUAGAGACGAGCAUUAUGAAAAAGGAAACACAAAAAAUGUCUGUGGAUUUUUGAUAGUGUUCUAAAUUCAGCAAUCAUACUGGUUGCUUAAUUGUGAUACUGUGAAAUAAAAUGAACUCCUACUCACUUCAGUACAUAGCACUACUAUUUUCUGAAUUGUGACAUGCUAUUAGGAGCCAGUCUAGUAGGGCUCUAAAGGCCAUUGUGAGAUGAGAUGAGGGGAUUGUCACCUAACUAAACAAACAAACAUUUGAGCAUUAUGCAAUAAUAUGAAAUGUUACACUCUACUAAACACAAUAAAAUACUGUUUCGCAGUUGCA